UUGUCAGCAAACAUGGCGGACGAAACUGAUAAAUCGGACUUACGAGGAACUGAGAAAGAUCCAUUACAAAACCCCCUUUCGUCUGGAACAGACGAUGAAGAAGACAUUAUUGCUGUUAUCCGUGCACCAGCUCCAGGUGCCAGUCCUGAAGCCCCGCCCACUGCCAACGCAGGAUCCAUGAAGCUGGAGGAAGAGCCAGACAUCAAAGACCUCUUCAUCACAGUAGAUGAUUUCCAAAAGCAUGUCUUUACAAUAGAUACGUACAUCACUUAUAGAGUAUUCACUAGGACCACAAGAAGUGCAUUUGAUGAGCCCGAGUACAGCGUAAGACGACGUUACCAAGAUUUCCUCUGGUUAAGACAGAAACUUGUAGAAACAGAAGAAACGCACAUAAUACCACCUUUGCCAGAGAAGCACAGCAUGAGGCUGGACAGGCUGAGCAAAGAGUUCGCCAUCACGCGGCAGGCUGCCCUGCACAAGUUCAUGCAGCGGAUCUCCGAACACCCGGUCAUCUCCUUCAACGAGUACCUCAAGGUCUUCCUAACAGCCAAGGCAUGGGAGCUGACAUCUCACCGUAAGGCCAGCGCAGGCAUUGUCAGUCGCAUUGGCUCCAGCAUCAAGACCACCACGUCGGCACUGAUGCUGAAGAACAGGAGCCCCGAGUUCACCAUCAUGAGCGAGUACAUCAACACCUUCGGUGAUAAGAUGUCGUCGGUUGACAGGAUCUCCCAGCGGAUUCUCAAGGAGCAGAUGGAUCUGGGGACUGAGUAUGAAUCCUAUGGGCCGACCUACAGACUAUGGGCCAACUCAGAGGCUGAGCUGGAUGACACGCUCGGCAGCCUCAGUGACUGUCUAGACAAGUGUGCCAAAGCCGUCAAAGACAUGACGGUAUCCACAGAGACAAAUUUCCUCCCAGCUAUCAAAGAGUACAUGCUGUAUGCAGAUGCGGUCAAGGGCACGCUCAGAAAACGAGACUUUAUUCAGAUGGAGUAUGAAUUGGCGUGCGAGGAACUCACACGUAGAAAGAACGAGAGGGAACAGGUGAAAAUUUCGGACCAGAACUACUCCCUGGGGGCUAUAAUGGGCAAAGACCCCAAAGAUGUGAAAGACGCCAAGAGUACCAAGCUAGAAAGCCAAAUUGACAAGCUGCAGAAGCAGGUGGACUUCCUUAGCGAUAGGACCGAGGUGGCCAAUGCCGACAUGAAGGCAGACAUGGAGCGAUGGCAUCGUAACAAGAGGAAAGACAUCAAAGCGAUGUUUGUUGGGCUGGCAGAGGGACAAAUGGAGAGCUACAAGCAGUGUCUGGACGCCUGGGAGAGGGUCAUUGGGGUUUUGAAAUCUGAGAAGAGGUAUUCAGAUGAAGUAGGCAACUCACUGUUCCAGACCAGUGAGCCGUCCAUCCACCCUGUGGGGGACGGAGACUCGGAACAGAAUAGCAGGGAGGAGGAAGUAAAGGAGUGAAGUCGGUGAAUGACGAGGCCUUCAUAUUGUGAAAGUAGGAUAUUUGUAUGAGUAAAAAGAAUUGAAUACCAAAUAUUGUUAAAAUGAUAUACAAGUAGUUCCCAAUCAGACUCUGUGAUUUCCGCUUCGUCUGCCUGUCUGUCUACAGUAUGAGGGGCUUUUUCCCAAACCUCAGCUUUUCUCUGAUUUUGGUUUCAGGCUUUAGAUUUACAGGCCAGUGAUUGGGAGGGCUUCAGCUCAUUACUUGUGCCUUUCACAGGAACAUCAAAUCCCAUAAAACUUGGACUCUGUUUGACACGUUGUAGGCUUUAAAAUGAUUUGUGAGCCGAAGAUGGAGAUGGAAAAUGCCUUGAGAAAUGAUGUGGUUUUUCAUAAUGCAGUGCAUUAUGGGUGAUUGCAAAGUUCAGAGGUAAAAGUUGACCAUUACUACCAUGCCCAUUUGUUACAUCAAACCAUUCUGGUGUUUUUUCUCCGACUGGGUUGAACCCCUUGCCAGUAGGCAGUCAAGGCUACCACUGCCUUUAUGAGUCAUUUUUUGUAACUGAAAAACCUGCAGUGAUUUGAAUUUCUUCAGACAGGCAUACUCGGCUGGGCUCAUUAAAACCUUGAAGGUUGCGAUGACCUUGCGAUGACUGUCCGUGUUAAAAACCUACAGCGGGGAACAGUUGUCAGAAAAAUUACAAUGCAAGAUUUUGUUACAUUUUCCAAAAGUCAUGUUAAUGUACAGGAAAUUACUAGGACAGGCUUUUCUGUUCAGCAAGGUAAUUGCAAUAAUACCAUGCACAUGAAGAGAGCCUUAUCACUCUAAAAAAAGACAGCCUCUGGUUACUUUAAUGUUAAAUGUUGUACUAUUCAGUAACUGUAUAGUUAAAUAUAGAAUGUCCUAAAUAGUUUAUUUCUGAUAAACAGAUCUUUCAUUAGCAUUUCACUCGUUUUUAUUGUUCAAAAUCAAUUCGAGACUAUUAGUGAUUGAAAACUGUUAUUUAUACAACAGAAACUUAUAUCAAGUAAAACCAAAUUCUUCUUUGGUUUUUUCCUGUUUUUGUUCCGUUUCAAAAGUCUUAUUCCUCAUAAGUUUUCCUUUGUAGACCUGUUUUGUAUUUUGAUUGCAGUAUUCCUGCUUCCUAGUGUCUUUUUUGUUUCAUUUUUGUUCAAACUGUGCACACAUUUUCCAUGUUUCCUGUUCUCUCCCUUAAAGCAACUCGCUGUCAAGUCUCAACACUAGUCUCUGUCGGUGUAUACUUUGAAAACUUCAACAAAGCAGCAUGAAUUCUCCACCAUGUUCCUUUUGCAAAUGAAAUAGGAAUCUCCAAAGUUUAGAGAUCCUUACUGACUCAUCUCUUAUAAGAUUUGUAUAAAAAUUUAUGGAGUUUUUCAUUUUUAGGUUCACUCAGCUUAUCAGUGGACCACAGGACAGUCUAUUUUUGUUUAGAUUGACGUGUGCAAAGCACACCCCGUGCUGUUUACACACAACUCUUGAAGCCUUUGGAGACAUUGUUGAAGUUACCCGUUCAGCCGGUUUUCUAAGUUGCAUUUAUCAAGUUACCGGUAUCCCUUGCUGUAUGACUGUAUUUAUUGUAGUCGUAGGUAAGGUGUACAAAUGUAUGACGCCUCACAUAGAGAAAAGGUUGUAGAAGGUAUGUGGAAGGUAACACCGUGGGAAGAGCUGCCCUUCUUUCUUGUGUUUUUUUGAAAUGUGAGGAAAUGGGGUUUUUUGAAGAUCAAGCGUGUAUUCUAACACUCAAGGUUCUGAUCUUUUAAUGCCAGAAGGAUUGUGCAUCAACUUGAAGUUGUGGCGCUCUUCGUAACGGGAGAUAACCAUAUGCAUUAGCCAACUAUGAAGAAAAAAAUCUCUGCAGUGAAGUGGUCCUCACUAAUCGUUUAGAAAGGGAACUGUGUUUGAAGAGGGGUUUGUAUCUUGAUUUGUGCUGACCACAUUAAACAAAAAAAAAAACACUAGAAAGUAUAUAUUGAUCAACCACCAAAUUGAAUAUUUAUAUUUAUAUAAAGUUAUUUUAUGUACCGGUAACCACUGCAAUGCGUGUAGCUGGUAGUCAUGCUUAAAAUUGCAUUUAUUGCCUGCGACUAAUAUUCUUUUUUUAAUGUUCAUAGUUGUCAUUUGCUUUACAAAUAAGCACCAUUGUGUAACUCAUUGAUAAAAAUGCCGCGCCAGCAAAUUGCUUGUUUUAAUUAAAGGAAAAAAUAGAUUUGAAUAUCACAAACAUGAAAAAUGCCAAAGUGUUUCAAAAAUUGUUCAACCCCAAAUGGUUGAUUUUUGUGCACGAAAGUAUUGUUGAUCACUCAGUGUGAUUUCAGCCAAUUUAUUUUCACAUCCUGUUGAAGUUUACAUUGGAGAUGAUGCCCACAUUAUGACAGGUCACUUUUGCUGUGUGACACCGUCACACAGUGGAAUUUACAGUCAUGUCGGCUGAUUUUGCUCUAGAGUAGUACAAGAAUCACAGGGAGCCCAGGGACACAAGUAUUCCUUUUGCUGAAAUUUGGAACAUUCUGGAUCAAGUUUGGUUCUCUGUCAGAACUUCCGUUUGGGGUGAUUUUUUGUUGAGAAGUUCACAUUCUGAAAUCAUUAAAAUCAAGGUGGAAAUUUAGCUGCAGUCAGGUUUUUAAAGGUUGGAUUUGAACAGGUUGGUAUAAAUGAAUACAUUCCUAAAAAUACUGUUGUAUGUGAUCGUCCAUGCACUAUUUGUACACUGUGCUAGUUUAUGAAACCAGUUGUUCCAUUGUGAAUAACCAAACAUUUUGAGAUCUGUAAUAAAAAUUACAUAUGAUUGUACAAUU